UCAUGAAAAAAAGAAUUGUCCGGCUCUUGCUCAUGUCUCAUGCAUGUUGAUCUCUGGUGAUUUAUUUCUAUAGUUUCAAAUAUCCCCCUUGGUUAGGAUUCAUAUUUGUUAAAUAAAGAAGUAUUUGUAGAAAGGACUUCCAAAAAAUAUCAAAAUGGUUUCACUAAAUCCAAUCAGAAUACUGAAGAAUGAGGCUGAAGAAGAAAAAGCAGAGAUUGCUCGAAUGUCUAGCUUUAUUGGUGCUAUAGCUAUUGGAGAUCUUGUAAAAAGUACAUUGGGCCCAAAGGGUAUGGAUAAGAUUUUAGUAUCUAGCGGCAGGAACGCUGGCCAGGUUGAAGUAACAAAUGACGGCGCUACUAUAUUGAAAUCUAUUGGUAUUGACAAUCCUGCUGCAAAAAUUUUAGUUGACAUGUCAAAAGUUCAAGAUGACGAAGUCGGCGACGGCACAACAUCGGUCACAGUUUUAGCUGCUGAAUUGCUGCGAGAGGCAGAAAAGUUGAUAGAGCAAAAGCUCCAUCCUCAGACAAUAAUUGCUGGGUGGCGUAUUGCUAGUGCGGCUGCAAAGCAAGCUCUUGCUGAAGCCAGUUAUGAUCAUUCACUGAGUCUGAAUGAGGCUUCUUUACGUUCUGACCUUGAAAAAAUUGCCCGCACAACAUUGAGCUCCAAGAUUCUGUCUAACCAUAAAGAGCACUUUACAAAGUUGGCAGUUGACGCAGUACUUCGUCUCAAAGGUUCUGGCAACCUUAAAGCCAUUCAGAUUAUGAAGAUCAGUGGAGGUCUGUUGGAAGAAUCUUUCCUAGAUGAAGGUUUUCUUCUGAAUAAAAAGGUUGGAGUACAUCAGCCGAAGCGUAUUGAAAAUGCAAACAUUCUGAUAGCCAACACACCAAUGGACACAGACAAAAUCAAAGUAUUUGGAUCUGUUAUCAAAGUGGAUUCAAUGGCUAAAAUUGCAGAAUUAGAAGUUGCAGAGAAGGAAAAGAUGAAGGAUAAAGUUAAUAAAAUCUUGGCUCACAAAUGCAAUGUUUUUAUUAACAGGCAACUUAUUUACAAUUACCCUGAACAAUUGUUUGCUGAUGCGGGUGUGAUGGCGAUUGAACAUGCAGACUUUGAUGGCAUUGAGCGUUUAGCUCUUGUCACCGGUGGUGAAAUUGUUUCCACAUUUGAUACCCCCGAGAAAGUCAAACUUGGACAUUGCAAACUUAUUGAACAGGUGCUGAUCGGAGACGAGAGUCUGAUCCGGUUCUCUGGCGUGGAGCUGGGGUCUGCGUGCACAGUGGUCAUCCGCGGCGCCACGCAGCAGGUCAUCGACGAGGCGGAGCGCUCACUGCAUGACGCUCUCUGUGUGCUUGCUGCAACCGUCAGGGAGCCUAAGGUCAUCUUCGGUGGUGGUGCAAGUGAGAUGUUGAUGGCGGAGGCUGCUUCGAAGGCGGCGUCGCGUACGGCGGGUAAGGAGGCGAUCGCCGCUGAGGCGUUCGCAGUUGCGCUGCGUCGCCUGCCCUCAGCCGUCGCAGACAACGCUGGCUACGACAGUGCUGACCUCAUCGCACGUCUCCGCGCACACCACGCGCAGGGAGAGAACACUAUGGGACUCGAUAUGGAAAACGGAUGCGUGGGGGACAUGAAGACUUUGGGUAUAACCGAGUCAUAUGUAGUGAAGCGGCAAGUGCUGCUGUCAGCCGCUGAGGCUGCGGAGAUGAUCCUGCGAGUUGACAACAUACUGAAGUCCGCACCGCGUCGCCGUGGUCCUGACCGCCGCCCUUGUUAACUCCAGUAUCACAUUGUCAAGCAAUAUCUGCUACAUAUAAUCUAUACCAGUUUUCAUUUAAAUUGCUUGAAAUUUCCUAGGGCAUUAUUAUAAAUUAAUUUAAAACGGCUACAUUUAUAUUUGAAGCUGUUUUUAAUUAGUUUCGAUAUUUAGUAAUGGUCUUUGUUAUGGACUUAGAGCAUCAUCCUACAGGUGAUAUAGUGUAAUAAAAUUAGAAAGUCUGUUUUUUAGUAUUAAUUAGAAUUGAUGGAAAUACAUACAACUAUAUAAAAUAUAUGUAUGCAAAUGAAAGUGAAUGUGUAGCAGAUAUUUGUUUGAUAUUGAAAAUGUGUAAAAUGGGAAGUGUUGUGAAAAUGAAUGAUUUUAACAUUUUCGAUUUUUAUUUUAUAUAAGUGUAUGCUUAUGAAAUAAUAUUCACAAAUAACUAUUUUAUUUUCAUUUAGUUAGACUGCGAAGGAAUAAACGUAUUUCAGUUAUUAGCGGAAGUGAUUUAACUUUUGCAUUUAUUUUCUUAUCAUGCACAAGUUUGUUCUUUUGUGGAAACUUAAACUUUAGUUUUGCUAGAAAUUCAUUACUGAAUAAUUUGCUUUAGUUUGCUUGGCGCAAAUAGAUGUAACAAUUUAUUUAAUAAAAAAAUUAACACACUAA